AUGUCCUCAAACAACCCAUUUGCUUCUGCUAUGAGUGGCGAGUAUAAACAUCAUAGAGACCCUCCUCCUCCUCCCCCUUCUGCUUCGCACCACAAGGUCGCUCCGCCUCAACCUCCUCGCGAUAAAAAACCAGCCCCUCCUCCCUCGUAUGAAGAAGUUGCCGGCGCUGAGGCUGCAGCAAAAGAUUACCCCAGAGAAAAACUGUCUUCCUCUGUUCCCCACCGCUCGCACAGCGAAGCAAGCCAUAGACGUCGACAUGGCGAAAGCAGCCGUCACCAUAGGUCAGGAAAGUCAUCGUCGAAGCAUAAAUCGUCGAAGAAAAAAAUUGAACCUCACAAGCCUGGUAAUUUGGACACCAUCGAUAAGUUGGAUGUGAGCGCAUUCUUUGGUGGCCGCUUCCACCACGAUGGUCCAUUUGACGCUUGUACACCCCACAGAAACAAAAACGAUAAAAAUGCCCCUGUGUUGGCAUUUCCAGCUGAUGGACCUAACAGUUCCAUUAAGGCCGCUGGACCAGGCAUUAACAACGAUGACCGCAUGGAUUUGGCCUUUGGAAACUACACAGAAGACCGCAACGAAAUUGUUGGCAUCAAGUCACAGCCACAACCGGCCCCAGUGCCUCUUCCAAAAUCAAACCGUGGGUCUGAUGAUCCACAAAGUACAAUGUAUACCCCUCGCUUGAACCCAUCUGUCGUUGCGUUUGAUGCGAACCAAAAGGCGGCUCCAAUUCACGGCCUGACGACUGCAGGUUUAGGUUCUUCUACAUUCCUUGAUGGCGCGCCGGCACCCAAGACAGAUGAAACUUUCAAUAGUAGCGGACUAGGACGGAAAAAAUCGUUGGUUCAGAGAUUGCGCAAGAAUAGUCUGAGCGACCAGCCAGCACGCCGUAUGUCUAACGACAACUACAGCGAGUAUGCACGCUCCCCCUCAUACGAAGAGGAGAGCAGUAACUCCUUGUUGCGCAGAGUCAAGAGUUUGAAAGUGGGCCGCCGCUAA